AUGAAUCACUUGAUUAUCAGUCAAACUUGCGUGUGUGAAUAUUGCAAUACGGUCGUCGCACUUCUAUCAAUGACUGGAAAAGAAUUCACUCUGAAAUAUGAAUUUGAAAAUGUUGGGGAACUAGAACAUAGUCAAAGUCUCUCUAGUCCAGAAGAAGAAUAUUUUGGAGUGAAAUGGAAAAUAAGAAUCCACAAAUGGAACGAAAUUCUCAAUUUGUUUUUACACACAAAUCUGUCGGUAAAUCAAGAAAUUCAAUUUGACUAUACUACGAAGAUAUUCUCAAAAAACAAGAAAAAAAUUAGUUUAGAGUCUGGAAGUGGAGUGAUGAAAGUUUCUGACCAGUCGUUUUUUUGUGAUUUGAUUGACUGGAAAACUAUGGAGGAGGAAUAUUUGAAUGAUGGAAAAUUGGAAGUGGAAUUUCAUGUGAAAAUAACAGAAAUGAUUGGAUUUCCAAAAGAAGAAUUGAGAAGUUUUGGUGAGGAAAUGAAACAAUUUUCGGAUGUGGUAUUGAAGAUUGAGGAUCGAAAAUUUUAUAUUUCAAAACUGUACCUAGCCUCUCAAUCUCCUUAUUUUGCAACUCUAUUCAUGGGAAAAUUUCAAGAAUCUGAAAAAUCAGAAAUCGAAUUGAAAGAUGUAAAUCCUGAUGACUUUCAAUGCUUUCUUGAAGUAAUCUAUGCAGAAGACGCAAUUGAUGAUGACACUGUUGAGAGGAUCCUUCAAAUCGCCGAUAUGUAUGAAACCCCAUUGGCUAUCAAAAAAUGUGAGAAGUUUCUUAUUAAAAAGUCAAAAAUGGAAUUGAAAAAGAAGUUAGAACUGACAGAAAAGUAUGGAUUGGAAGAGUCGAAAAAAGCAUACCAGAAGCCAAUUUAA